UGGAUAUGUCAAAUAGGUAUGGGCACUCCUGCACAACAAUUUCUUGUGUCCUUCGAUACUGGAAGUGCUGAUCUCUGGGUUCCUUGCAAAGAUUGUGAUGACUGUACAAAUAAAAGAUUAUUUGAUUACACUAAAAGUUCUACUAUGGAUUAUGUUAAUGGUGAUUUUUCUAUCUGUUAUGUUGACGGUUCAUGUUGUUACGGUUAUGAAGAACAGGACACUUGUCAAGUUGGAAAUAUGAAUAUUUAUAAUCAACAAUUUGCUGUAAUAGAGGAUAUGAGUUCUCAAUUUGUAAAUGAUCCUAUUGAUGGUGUUAUGGGGCUUGGAUAUGAUUCGCUUUCAGUAUAUCAAGGCGGCGCUCAAACUACUUUCACAAAUAUGUAUAAUCAAGGUUUAAUUCCUAGCAAAAUCUUUUCGGUACAAUUACGUCCUGCACGUUCCCAAACUUCUUAUGGUGGAAUAUUCGUCUUUGGCGGUAUCGACCCUAAAUUAUAUUCAGGCUCUAUAACUUAUGCUCCUGUAACAACUCAAAACUUUUACCAAAUUGGAAUUGACGAUAUUGAAUGUAAUGGAAAGGUUGUUGCUUCAUAUUCUUCAAGCAAGAAACAACAGGCUAUAGUUGAUACUGGUACUGCAUUGUUGAUCGUAACACAAAGUGUAGCAAAAUCAGUGCAUCAAUUAAUAGGUGGAAAAUAUGAUUCUUCUUCACAAACGUGGCAAGUUCCAUGUAGUUUGAGUAGCAGUACAAAAUUGUCACUUAAAAUUAGUGGUGUUUCACUUGCAAUUAAUUAUCAAGAACUUGUAAGAGAACAAGUAAGUACCGGAAGUAGUUGGUGUUAUUCUGGAAUAGCUUCUACUACUGGCACUAUGUGGAUCCUUGGUGGUACCUUUUUGAAAGAUUAUUAUGUGAUAUUUGAUCAAAAAAGUAAUCGUGUUGGAUUCGCUACACCUGUUUAUGCUUAUUAA